AUGCCAAAAAACUGGGAGUAUAAAUCAAGAAAAAUUACCUUCAAUAGACACAUGGAAGAGCAUGGAACCUCAACGAGGCAACAAAUGUCAUCCGUUGGAAAUCGAAUUAGCUCGAAUGGUGAAAACGAAGAUAAGAAUAGUUCGGUGACGCUGGUUGAUCUAGAUGCUCUUCACUGUCCUAUUUGCUGCGAUUCUCUGACUAGUUCUAUCUUCCAGUGUGACAAUGGACAUAUAGCUUGCUCUACAUGCUGUAUCAAACUGAGGAACAAAUGUCCUUCUUGUGCUCUUCCCACUGGUCACAUUCGUUGCAGAGCAAUGGAGAGGGUUAUCAGAGCAGUCAUCGUCCCAUGCCCCAAUGCGAAGCUAGGUUGCACAAAGAGUUUCUCUUAUGGGACAGGACUAUCUCAUAAGAAGCAAUGUAGUUUCUCUCCAUGCUCGUGUCCUGCAGAUAAUUGCAAUUACACUGGCACUUAUAAGGAUCUAUACUCACACUUUUAUAUUCACAACGGUGAACGAAGGUUUAACUAUAAAUUUCUUUUCGGCAAAUCAGUUGAAAUAUACUUUGAAUUGACAGAGUUUACGUCACUUGUUAUGAAGCAACAAAAGGAUGUUUACUGUUUGUUAUUCAGUGUUUCAGAGAGUUGAGCGCAUCCACUUUCCAAAGCAAUGUAUUCGGCCUCUGCUGUUGAUAGUGAGAUGUUAUUUUGCUUCUUACGGUGCCAGGAUAUAAGAUUGGUCCCUAAAAAGAAAUAUCUUCCACUCUUACUUCUUCGGUUGUCUAGGCAUCCUGCCCAGUCAGUGUCAUAGUAAUCUGCAAGAUUCUGAUUGGUGUCGAUGGUAUACAGCAG